CGGCAUAUCAGGAAGCACCCAUUGCCAAAAUCCAAAAGCCAUGUGACCCGCAAUCGUCCCACCCAUCCUGAAGAAAAUAACCUCUCCCUUGAACACCUCACUCAGCGUUGCUGUACAUGCAGGUGAACACCGAUCGUAACAUGGCAUCUAAGUUGUUCCUAUACUGGGGCUCGGGGAGCGGUCCUUGCUGGAGGGUGAUGAUUGCUCUCGAAGAGAAGGGUCUGUCUGGGUAUGGAAACAAACUAAUUUCUUUUGAUAAGGGAGAAACGAAAUUGGAAAAGAUCUUGAAACUCAACCCUCGUGGGGAGGUACCGACAUUGAAACAUGGUGACACUGUAAUUAAUGAGUCAAUGGCAUGCAUUUUAUACAUACAAGGUGAAUUUAGAGAUCAAGGCACUAACCUUCUGCCAUGCAAAGGUGACCUGGCUACUAAGGCACUCAUUCUGCAAAAGAUGUUGGAAGUGAACAACCUUCAAGCAGCUUUUUAUGGUGUAAUGUUGGAUGUUUGGGAUAACAAGCCGGUAUUGGAAUCCCAAAAAGAGAAUUUACGUACUGAGCUGAAACGAUGGGAUGAUUAUCUAAAAGAGUCUGGAGGAGAUUACAUUGCUGGACCAGGAUUCAGUUUAGCCGACUGUUCUCUGUUUCCUUGGGUGGCAUUUCUGCCACGUCAGGGUUUGGAUCUGUCAAAGAAUUUACCCAAUUUAGCCAAGUACUACAAUAAACUCAAGGACCGACCAUCCAUACAGGCAUCAUGGCCACCACACUUCAAGGAUACACCAAACCAAGAUAAUCUGGCCAAGUUAUAUGAUUAGAAUGACUGGAACGUCUUGGAGAUAAAUUUAUCAAGAAUGGGAGCUCAAUAUGGUGUCAAUCCAAACAACUUGUUCCGCUACAAAGCAAAAGUUUGCUAAAGCGUAUACGCUUUAUGUUGUAGUAUAUGUUGUAGUUUGUCCAUCCAUCAUUGUCGUCAAAUUAUUAGCGAUUUACUAGACCCACUGAUGAUACAUUCUCAGAUUGGAUCUUGAUACAAUUGUGUUGAAUAAAUAUGAUUCAUUCAGA